AUGGCGCAAUAUGUGAAAGUUUGCAGUGUCCCUUGUAAAUUCACGUGGGAUGAUCUGCAGGCUCUGUGUCGCAGGAAGAAAUUAGUGUGUGAGCAGCUGGCUGUGACCAGAAACAACUUAAAUGACUAUGAGGUGGAGUACCUAUGUAACUACAGAAGAAUUAAGGGUCAUGAGUUUUUUCUGGUGAAAUGGAAGGGUUACUCUGAAUCAGAGAACACAUGAGAACCUCACAGAAACUUCAGAUGCCCCCAUCUGCUCCGACAGUUCCGGCGAGACAUGCGCUCAUUGCUGCAGCAUGCCGUUAAGCCACUGGACUCCCUAUCACUGGAUGGCUCUGCUGUUCCCUUCCUCUUCCAGCAGGCCAAGCAAUGCAUGAAGCUUGUGCUCUGGGAGGAACAGCUGAACCACACCUGCAGGCACAAGGGCCGAAUCUUUGUCCUCAAUGAGGUGGACCUGGAUGGCCCUCUGACAUACAUCAGUGACUACAGGAUUGGAGAAGAUGUGAGGCUGGGCCAAGCACUGGCGGGUGGCUGUGAGUGCUUUGACUGCAUCAGGGAGCCCGUCCGAGGCAGCUGCGCUGGUGCGUCCCAGCACCGGGCCACAUAUAAUGGCAGUGGGCAGGUGAAGAUCAGGCCCGGCUUUCCCAUCUAUGAGUGCAACUCAGUGUGCCGCUGUGGAAACAGGGUUGCGCAGAGGGGUAUACAGUACGACCUGUGCAUCUUUAAGACAGCCAACGGAAGGGACUAGGGUGUGCGCACACUCGAGAAGAUUCACAGGAAUGCCUUUGUGAUGGAGUACCUUGGCGAGAUAAUCACCUCAGAGAAGGCUGAGAAAAGAGGGGAGACGUACGACAAACAGGGAGCCACCUACCUGUUUGAUCUGGACUACUUAGAUGAUGUUUAUACUGUGGACGCUGCCCACUAUGGAAACAUCUCCCACUUUGUCAACCACAGUUGUGACCCAAACUUGCAGGUAUAUAACGUUUUCAUCGACAAUCUGGAUGAGCGCCUUCCCAGGAUCGCGUUCUUUGCAACACAACUAAUCAAAGCAGGAGAGGAGCUCACCUUUGACUAUAAAAUGACAACUGACACACUGGAUGCAGAGAGCAUCAAGAUGUAUGCUAAUUUCAGCCUGGCAGGAGCUCAGAGCACCGCCAUAAAGCGAAUCCGUAUUGAAUGCAAGUGUAGAGCAGAGAAGUGCCAGAAAUACUUGUUGUUUUAA